UCGCCAUCAGUGACAUCGUUCUCCUCAUGUUUUUCAGCCCGAAUUUUGUGUUUGGAGCUUACUUUACACACCCUGGUGGUAAGCUUGGGGAUAUACUUUGUGCAUCGGUUACGGGGGAGUCGCUGGCAUGGACGGGGGGGGUACGCCUCAGCGUUUUCACUUACUAUCAUAGCCAUUGAGAGAUACUACGCCGUAGUUAAACCAACACACGCUAAGAAGGCAUUCACGAUGCGAAGGUUGAAGCUAUUUGUUUUGUUUUGCUGGCUUUUGGCGCUUUCUUGGAACUCUGUCGGUUUCGCCGUGAAGCGUUUUGACCAAGUCAACAUAAAUUGCUUUAUGCUGUGGCCUGAUACUGUUUCAUUCAAGAUCUACAGCACGAUGAGUCUGGUUGUGUUUGGUCUUGUCCCUGGACUACUGAUGUGUGGACUGUAUUCCAAGAUUAUCUACGUGCUGUGGAUCAACAAGCUCAGGCAUAAUUUGACUUGCUUAACGACAGAAAGGCGGUUCAAGUUGCACAGAAAAAAGGCAACCAAGAUGGCGAUUGUUGUCAGCUUGGUCUACCUAGUUUCCUGGAUCCCGGAGCUGACAGUGUUUAAUCUCAUCGCAUACAAACCAUGGCUCAUCCGGGACAUUGUCACGACCUAUCAAGUGACAGUUGCUAUGGUGAUGAUUAAUUCAGCAGUGAAUCCGGUGAUCUAUACUCUACAUGGUCAGCGGUAUCGGCAUUACUUGAAGAAACUGCUGAUCUGUCUUAGAAAAAAACCCAAGCAAACACGGGAUGAAGACACAAAACUGUAAUGAGUAUGUACGUAAACCGCAGAUCAAAAGGGUUUAUCUACUGAAGUUAAAGAAGAAGAGUUGAAACACUAUUAUUAAAAACUACAAAGCGAUGAACAAAAAGACAGCAGGCGCGUACACAGGGAGUGAGCAGGAUGCGCGCACAUCCCCCCCCCUUCCUUGGCGGCCAAGUGGGUCAUUUCUUAUUAAGGAAUCUUUAAAUACUAUGAUUUUUCCAAAUGAUACCUAUUACUGCGCACCCCCCCCCCCCCCUCCAACAGGCCAAUCCUGGGAACGCCCUUGUAGGGGAGGUGAAGUUUUCACCCUAUUACAUUUGACUUUCUGGCACAAACAGACACAAAUUCCUAUCUUAGUAGGUAGUUUAAUUUAAAAUACGGACCAAUCAUCCUGUUUGCAUUCCAAGUACUGUAUUGUUUUAUACGCUCCCUGGUAUUCUAGCUCUUUCAUUCUACAAAACAAAAGACGGAUAGGGGUAGGCACCCAAGAUAAAAAUUCUGCACAUGAAACGUUCCCUUGGCAGGCCAAGGGGGGUUAAGACAUUCUAAACCCUCCCCCUAGAUCCGCUACUGGAAUAAAGCGCGCCCUUAUCUACACAUAUAGUGUGUAAAUCUCUUGACGUCAAUCAAAAUUUUUCAAACAUUAAAAAAAAUAUAUAACUUAAUAUUUUAAACAAGUUCAAGGGACACAUUGAUAAUAAGUUAUCAUUAAUAAUCAUUAUUAUAUCUGAUGUAUUUUCGUGUCAGGUCCUCUUUAAAGAGCGAAAAAACACUUGAAAUAGUAUUAAGCAUAUAUUCCUAUAUGCGGCAAUGAACUAUGUCUCAUUGCUUGAUUAAAGGAAUGGACUAUAGUAAAUUUAGGCACACAUACCCCCUCCCAAAGGAGGUUUAUUCUCAUCAUGUUAGUCUUGCUAAAAAGAUUUGCUUCAACGUUGUGCACGAAAAGUCUUGGCCGGGUUCACAUGAGCCUGUUGGAAAUAAAAACACCAUUAUCUAACA